AAAAUUUCCAGACUUCCCCCAGAUUGGACUCGGCCAUUCCCUUUCUCCCUCCUAUUCUCCUCUCUGUUUCUCUGUUUCUUCAUAUUCAAUUCAAUCGCUUGAGUGCCCAAACAUGUGCGGUAUUUUCGCGUGUCACCGUCACCCCGAUGUGCAAAAGUUCAAGCCUACGGCUCUGCGCAUGGCCAAGGCUGUCCGCCACCGUGGACCUGACUGGAGUGGAAACUUCCUUGACGGACAAACAAUUCUUGCCCACGAACGUCUGAGUAUUGUCGGCGUCGACACUGGUGCUCAGCCCCUCGUUAACGAAGAUGGCUCCCUCGCCCUCGCUGUCAACGGCGAGAUCUACAACCACCGUAUCGUCAGAAAGGGAUUGACCGUUCCCUACGAGUUCAAGACACAUUCGGAUUGUGAAGUUGUAAUUCCUUUGUACAUGCAAUAUGGCCUUGAUGCGCCCAAGCACCUUGAUGGCAUGUUUUCCUGGGUUCUCUAUGACAAGAAGCAGGACCGAGUUGUUGCGGCACGCGACCCUAUUGGUAUCACCAGUUUCUACAUCGGAUGGUCUUCUCAGACCCCUGGUGCUGUUUACUUCGCCUCGGAGUUGAAAUGCUUGCACCCCGUUUGCGAUAAGGUCGAGGCUUUCCCCCCUGGUCACGUUUACGACUCCAAGACCGGUUCCAUGACCAGAUACUUCGAGCCGACAUGGUGGGAUCCGACCAAAAUUCCUACGACACCUAUUGAUUACAAGAACCUCCGUCAUACCUUUGAGAAGGCUGUCCGGAAGCGUCUGAUGGCUGAGGUCCCCUACGGUGUCUUGCUGUCCGGUGGUUUAGACUCCAGCUUGGUGGCGUCUAUCGCCCAGCGGGAAACUUUGCGCAUGCAUGAGGCCACCAAGGUCGCCGCCCAGCAGCAGACCGGCUCGUCUGACUUGGUUGGCAUCGAUGACUCCAAUGAGCUCUCGAGCGCUCCCAUCCUCCAGCAGUUGCACUCUUUCUCUAUUGGUCUCCCCGGUGCUCCCGACACUGAGGCUGCUCUUGAAGUUGCCCGAUUCCUUGGAACCAAGCACCACGCUUUCACAUUCACUGUCCAGGACGGUAUCGAUGCUCUUUCUGAUGUUAUUUACCACCUGGAGACCUACGAUGUCACCACCAUCCGUGCUUCGACCCCGAUGUAUCUAUUGAGCCGCAAGAUCAAGGCUAUGGGUGUCAAGAUGGUUCUGAGUGGUGAGGGAAGUGACGAGAUUUUCGGUGGUUACCUCUACUUUCACGCUGCCCCCAACAAGGAAGAAUUCCACCAGGAGACCGUCCGCCGUGUCAAGAACCUGCACCUGGCAGACUGCCUCAGAGCCAACAAGUCGACUUCCGCAUGGGGUCUUGAGGCCCGUGUGCCUUUCCUCGACAAGGGAUUCCUGGAGACCGCCAUGGGCAUUGACCCCUCCGAGAAGAUGAUCACCGGAGACCGCAUCGAGAAAUACAUCAUGCGGAAAGCAUUCGACACUCGGGAGGAGCCCGACGUUGCUCCUUACCUGCCAGAGAAGAUCCUUUGGCGCCAGAAGGAGCAAUUCAGUGAUGGUGUCGGCUACAGCUGGAUUGACGGUCUGAAGGACCACGCUGAGCUCCACGUCACUGAUGAGAUGAUGAAGAACCCCAAGCCUGAGUGGGGUGCCGACAUUCCCGACACCAAGGAAGCUUACUGGUAUCGUACGAUGUUCGAUGAGCACUUCCCCCCCUACUGCGCAUCGACCGUCGAGCGCUGGGUCCCCAAAUGGUCCAAGCAGACUGACCCCAGUGGACGGGCUAUUGCUACCCACGUUGCCAAGUACGACAGCACCGAGUAAACAUCAUUUCGACAUGGUUACGAGCUUGUUUGAACGACAGGGAUAGACAAAAUAAAAGGGAAAGAGGGAAUUAAAAAGCGCCUUUAGACUUUUCUAUCUGCGAUAUUGUAUAGGGUGCAAUUGCCAUACCAUAUAUGCUGACGAUUCAGCGUUUUGUAAUUUGAUAUAUCUUUUGAGCUCCAGCAUCUGUGAUUAUAUCCCUUUAGGUUGCUUAGGUUGGGUUGGUAGAAAUUUAAUAGAGUUGACUAAUUUGUAUAUAUUGUGGAGUGAGGGAGUUAGAAGACCCUUGCCGUUUUGGCCGCCUGCCUAUCAGGCCAUCCACAUAUUUCACCUUC